CCGUCAAACACACUCGAGAUGAACUUCUUGCUGCUACUCUGGAGCCUUUUGGCUUUUGGCGCUUAUGCCGAGACUGCAAAGGCUUCCACGGAGAGCUUCAUCUCAACUAUCUGGGAUGACUUCAAGCACGCGGUCGAUUGUGGUAGUUGUCAGGCUCUUUUGGGUGGUCUCAAGCUCGUCUCCGGGUUUGGCGAGGGCUUCAUGAUUGAUGUCUUCAUCGGCGUAUGCAAGCUCAGUGGCGUCGAAGACCCAGAUGUUUGCCGUGGCAUCAUCGAGAAAGAAGGCCCUGCUCUUCGUGAUGCCUUUCAGAACCUGCAUAUCGGGUCUCACGCCACCAAGACCAUGUGCGCUAGUCUGAUUGGACUCUGCCAAUACCCCGAGGUUCGCUCUCAUACCCUCGAGUUCCCUUCAACAAAGCCGGAAACUACCAGACCACCGGCCAGUGGUAAGCCGCCAAUCAAGGUUGUCCAUUUCAGUGACACACAUGUCGAUCUCUACUACGAAACUGGAGCCAGCUACGAAUGCACCAAGCCCAUCUGCUGCAGGGUGUAUGAAGACAAGGAUGCCCCGGGGAUCACAAAAACCCCAUGUGGACCAUUUGGAAACACCAAGUGUGACCCACCACAUAUCCUUCAGGAGAGCAUGAAUGCAGCCAUUGCCAAGAUCAAUCCAGAAUUCUCCAUUUACACGGGUGACGUGGUAGCUCACGAUAUUUGGCUAGUUGGUCAAGCCGAAGCACUAGAUGUCUUCAAUGAUACAUACAGUCAGAUGGAGAAGGACCUUGGUAUGUCAAUCUAUUCCCCCCAAAACAAUAUUCAGGGCAAGGAAGGCGCUCAAUUCGCAUACAGCGCACUCGCCGAGGACUGGUACAGCCUCACCGGCAUUCCCUCCGUCAAUUCAGCAGAUGAAUUCGGAUCAUAUUCAGCCAUCCACCCAAACAGCAACCUGCGGAUCAUCUCAUACAACAGCAUCUUUUACUACAACUACAACUUCUACAUGUACCAAGACCCCAUGGAAAAAGACCCAAACGGACAAUUCGAAUGGCUCAUCAAAGAGCUACAAGCCGCCGAAGAUGCAGGCCAGCGUGCCUGGCUAAUCUCACACAUCCCACCCGGCCUCACAGAUCACUUCCGCGACUACUCCCAGUACCUCGACCAAAUCCUACAGCGCUACGAAGCCACCAUCGCAGGUCUAUUCUACGGACACACCCACAUGGACGAAUUCCAAAUCGCCUACUCAGACUACACCACCCGCAACGCAGACACCGCAACUGCAAUGGCAUACAUCGCCCCAUCCAUGACCCCAACCUCAGGCCCGCCCUCCUUCCGCGUCUACGAGAUCGACCCCGUCACCUACGGCGUGCUAGACUUCACCCAAUACAUCGCCAACAUCAGCGAUCCAUCCUACCAAACAAACCCCGAAUGGGUCCCCUACUAUUCCGCAAAAGCAGCCUACGGCGCAAAGCUCCCGACUCCUCUAACCGACCCCAAGGCAGAACUCACCCCUGCCUUCUGGCAUAAUGCCACCGUCGCCAUGGAGAACGACCCCUCCAUCUUCCAGGACUUCUGGACGCGGCGCAAUCGCGGUUGGAACAUUGCUGCUUGUACGGGUGAUUGCAUGAAAAAGGAACUCUGUAUGCUUCGCGCUGCGGACGCACAGCAUAACUGCCAUGAGCCCGAACCGGGUCUCAACAUUUCUAUUAACAAACGUGACCAGGGCUCUGGGAAUGCUGACUCGGAAGAGCUGGAUGGGUCUGGUGGUCCUGAGUGUGACCAUUCCGGCAUGGGGUCGCUUUUGGGGAAGAUUGCCUACCGUGCGAGACUUGUGCGUGAGGCUGAGGAGAGAGUGCUGGGUGGUGCUGGUGUUUGA